GUACUACAAGUAUGUUAUUUGUUUCUCCGUUUCGAUACAUUUCCUUUUUUAGAUAAAGACUUCGAUACACUUCUACAGUUGUACUACCGGCCUCCUUUUGCGCUCCACUCAAAUGUAAAUGAGAGGACAACCACUGAAGAACAUAAAAAAUCUUAAAAAGCUCAUCUUCUCUUAAGAACAAAAUUCUCCUUUUCUAAAUAAAAUACAAUCCCACAUCGAGCACAUCAACCUCGUUCGCUGUCCGUUGUCCUCUCCCUGCCCCAAGGGUCCUGGCGCGGCAAGAUCAAAGCCUCCCAACAGCCAACAAGUCGAUCGCAAAUCGCAAGAACAAGAGAAGAACCAAUCCGACAACGUCUCCAUUCUCCCUCACAUCUCCUUGCUCGCCCAGCAGCUGGCACUCCCCGUCUCCCCUCGCAUCCGCAUCGAAUCGAGGCAUAUCGCCCUAUAUAUCCCAUUCCGCUCGGUUGGAUUCAGCUUCCCCUCCCUCUCCCCCAUCGAUAAAACCGAUGCGUCGCCCGGCCUCGCGUACCCUACCGGCGACGGGACGAGGGGAAGGUUACAGGCACGGCGCGUGAAGGGUCCUGCCCAGUCCUGCCCGGUCCGCCGCGAUGCCGUGGUUUGAGAUGUGGCUGCCUCCUGUGCCUGGCGAGGGGGCUGUGGCGGCGGCGGGGGGGCUGUUCCUCGACGGCGCCGAUGCGGCGGCGCACGGCGCGCUCCUCGCGGCCAUGCCUGGUUGCUCCUUGUCGUUCGUGCUCCGGCACCAGCGUUGCCGGGGGUCGCCGCCGGGGUUCCUGUCGCUGACGAUGUCGGUAAAGGGGGGCAGGGGCUUUGUGCCGGCCCCGGUGGGGUUGCUCGCUGGUGCGGAGGAGAAGAGCGGGGCGGAGGAGUCGGACGCGCUGGUCGCGGGGAAGAGGGCCGUGGAAGCGGAGGCGGAGGCGGAGGCGGAGGGAGUGAUUCUGCUGCAGGAGAAGGAGAAAAAGAAGAAGAAGCUGGACGAUUGUGCUGGAGCUGGCGCGAUGAACAUGACCAAACACCUAUGGGCCGGAGCCGUUGCUGCCAUGAUAUCGAGCUCCAGAUUUAGAAGAUUCACAGUAUAUUCAUGGCCUCUGGCCGUUGCUCCACUUGAGAGGCUAAAGUUGGAGUAUAUAGUUCGUGGUGAGCAGAGGAAUCUAUUUGAGCUUAUGCAUGCUAUUGCAACAACACAAGGAUUGAAAGGCUUUUGGAAAGGAAACUUUGUGAAUAUCCUCCGCACUGCUCCAUUCAAGGCAGUCAACUUCUAUGCAUAUGACAGUUACAGAAAGCAACUGGUCAAAUGGGCUGGUAAUGAAGAAGCUACGAACUUUGAGAGAUUUAUUGCUGGUGCUUUUGCUGGUGUUACAGCAACAAUUAUGUGCAUACCUAUGGAUACAAUCAGGACAAAGAUGGUAGCUCCUGGCGGUGAAGCUUUAGGUGGGGUCAUUGGUGUUGCCCGCCACAUGAUCCAAACUGAAGGAUUCUUCUCGCUGUACAAGGGAUUGGUGCCUUCUCUUAUCAGCAUGGCACCCUCUGGUGCUGUAUUCUAUGGAGUGUAUGACAUACUGAAGAUGGCUUAUCUGCAUUCCCCUGAAGGAAAGAAAAGAGUAUCGAUGAUGAAGCAACAGAAACAAGAGGCAAAUGCAUUGGAUCAACUUGAAUUGGGUACUGUGAGGACCUUACUCUAUGGGGCUAUUGCUGGUUGCUGUGCUGAAGCAGCUACAUACCCGUUUGAAGUGGUCCGUAGGCAGCUACAGAUGCAAGUAAAAGCAACAAGAAUGAAUGCAUUUGCAACAUGCCUUAAGAUUGUUGAUCAAGGUGGGGUACCAGCACUGUAUGCCGGUCUGAUCCCCAGCAUGUUACAGGUUCUACCAUCAGCAUCGAUCAGCUAUUUUGUUUAUGAGUUGAUGAAGAUAGUCCUGAAAGUGGAGUGAAUACAAAUUAAUUGGUGAGCCUACGAACCACGUUCAAAUGGUGAUCACAUACCUUGAUAAAAUUGCCGAAAAAAAAGUAUGUAAGGGCUAGUUUGGAAACUCUAUUUUUUAAGGGAUUUAGGGAAAAUGGGAUUUCCAAACUAGCCCUAACUUGUGAAAUUUUCUCGUAGACUUGUUUGACGAAAGCUCCUGAUGCUGAGGGUAGCUUCAGGUUGGUACCGUAAAACAUUGUUCAGCUGAGGCUUUUCACACUAGUUGACCAAAUUGUACACGAGGAUAUAUUCAAGACCUAAUUCAGUGGCUUAGUAGAAGAUUGUUCUCUGCAACUCUGCCCCAGCGAAAUAAUCUCGGCCUUGCCCAAUUUCUGUUGACAAUUUUUUUCAUACUUUGUCGUUGAUGUAUUUGACACAUUGACAGCAGUCCAGAGCGACAUUUGGGACAUUC